AAACACUAGCAUACAGGCAGUGUUGCCAGAUUGGAAGGUUUUCCUAGCUAUUUUGAAUGACAGUGUGCGGGCGAAAAUGGGAUUGGACGGAUCGGUUCACAGAUAGGGUUGUAUAGAUUCUGUAAUUAUUUUUUUUAGUCUGUGAGUGAUUUUCGGUUUCCAGUCAAUCAAAUCUGGCAACACUGCUUACAGGCUACAUGCAAACACUUCGUUCUAUGUGGACAAUAUCUAACAUUUACAAUAUUUCAGUCUUUUAUGUUAUUCCAGCCACACUAUUGUGUGAUCUAUGUAACCGAAUUUGUCCCUGAACCAACGUUAGCUGCUCUGGGCUAUUUGUGAGUCAGUCAAGAGCUAUAACACCGGGCAUUUUUUCGGGCUACGGAAAACUACCAGGAUCAUACGUAUCACCGCGUGGAGGAUAAUAACAUUACUGUAACUCAAGUAAGGACACCUGUUAUUUAACACGUUAUGGUGGUGUUUGGAUCUCAGGUGCUGAUUGCUGUAACUAGAUCAAGGGGAUCCUAUGUACUACCCAAAGGGCAAAACUGUGCUUUGCACUCAUUCUCGGCAUGUAUUCGCAAGUCAUCAGAGGUCUCUCUUCGAUCCGCCCUACCAUUAAACAGACCCACUGCCAUUUUAUAUGAAUGCACAGCAAGCUACCAGCGGCGCCACGGCGGUGUUCCAGUUCGCUUCCUUCACGAGACCCACUCAAGGCUUCAGGAAAUCAAGGCCACCCCAGCUGAAGCUCCCUCUUCUCCUGCUGCCGCAGCCCCUCAGCCAGUCCCCACGCCGAGCAAUGCCACAGACGGUGUGGUAGCACAGAAGUCAAUUAAACAGAGAGUGUUGGACGAGCUGAGGCACUACUAUCAUGGAUUUCGCUUGCUUGGGAUCGACACAAAAAUUGCGGGGAGGACGGUGUGGCAGUUACUUCACGGCCAACAGCUUACGAGGAGAGAGCGCAGAAGGCUGAUGAGGACAUGCGCAGACCUCUUCCGGCUGGUCCCCUUCAGCUUGUUCAUCAUUGUGCCCUUCAUGGAGUUCCUCCUGCCAGUGUUCCUCAAGCUCUUCCCAGAGAUGUUGCCUUCCACCUUUGAGACUGAGUCAAAGAAGGUGGAGAAGCAGAAGAAGGGUUUGGCUGCCAAGCUGGAGCUGGCUAAGUUCCUCCAGGAGACCAUUGGGGAGAUGGCACUGAGGAAUAAAGCCAAGGCGGAAGGAAGUGAGGAGACCCAGAAAUUCUCUACCUAUGUGCAAAGGAUGCGGCAUGCAGGAGAGCAGCCCAGCACCAAGGACAUAGUGAAGUUCUCCAAGCUGUUUGAAGAUGAGUUGACCCUGGAGCACCUAGAGCGCCCCCAGUUGGUAGCUCUGUGUAAGCUGCUGGAGCUGCAGCCCAUCGGAACCAACAACCUGCUGCGCUUCCAGCUCAUGAUGCAACUCCGCACUAUCAAAGCUGACGACCAGAUGAUUGCUGCAGAAGGAGUGGCAGCCAUGAGUGUUUCAGAGCUUCAGGUGGCGUGUCGUAGUCGGGGAAUGAGGUCACUGGGGCUGACGAACGAGCAGCUCACACAACAACUACAACAGUGGUUGGAUCUGCAUCUGAAAGAGAACGUCCCCCCGUCCCUCCUGCUGCUGUCCCGGGCCAUGUACCACACAGAGCUGACGCCCAAGCCCCCAGUCACCCCCCCCCUCGUCAGACUGGAGUCGCUCACUGCGCCCUCUCCACCAGAGAUAGGAGCCCCUGCAAAAGACAAGCCCAUGUCCACCUCACUAGAAAACUUGGUGGACUCUGCUCCCAUUAUCAUGGACAAGAAGGUGGAGAGCCUUUUAGAAAAAGCAAGGAUUGGAGAGUUGGAGAUGCCAUCAGCAGAAGCUCAGCUAAUACAUGCCAAAGGUGCAGAGUUGGCUGCUAAAAUGGCUGCCAAGGCGACAUAAAGGCCUCUGUUUUAAUGGGUAAAACACUCACCAGAUGCAUAGCGUGCUGAGUGCCCUCCGCCUUGCCUUCUGGACUACAGUCCCACUGCGCCUCCUCACAACACCCGUUUUCAUCAAGUCUGCAGAGGAAAGGAUGGAACAGAGCGACACAGGAGCCAGGACUGGUUCACAAUAGAUCAUCUAAGGACUUAAAGUAAAUAAAACAGCGUUUAAGUUGCGUUAAGUUUCUGCACUCCGUCAGGAGGGUGUUUACAGGAGUAAGAUCAGUAUAUUUUGGGUCAAAUAUCUGUAUAUUUUGUUGCUCUUGAACAGAACAUUUUCUGUGAUUGGAAUUACAGUGACUGUUCUUCUGUAACUGCAGUAUAUUUGGUCUGAUGUUAUGUUUGAAACUUUUCUCAUGUACUCCAAAACAUUGUCCUGUAAAUGUAGGAAUAGAUGGAAUUUAGUGUCCAUACAGCAUUGUCAUACAUGCCACUGGUAUGUGCAAUCUAUUGGGUGUCAGUCCUCCAGUUUUAUGGGAUGUUGUGAUUAUUAGAUCUUGACUACAUUGUUGAUGGUAAACAAGGGAAUAUAAUGCUUACUCCUCUGGGAGAUUUUGUUAGCCUGCAUUCUGCUACUAUAUAUAUAUAUAUAUAUAUAUAUAUAUAUA